UGCUAACGCCCAACGCCACUAGCGGUGCUCCGGGCGACUCGGAGGGCGGGCUUCUUGCGCUGCCCUUGGAAAUUAUCGUAACGAUACUGGAUGCGCUUCCGAGGCGCUGUCUAUCGACGGUUCGAUGCGUCUGCAAGCGGUUUGAAGAGAUUUGCGCUGAGCGUCUGGUGAAGAUGUGCAUCCGCGUCGAGGCCCAGCCUCGCGUGCGCCAGACGCACGGCAUCUUCACAAUACCCGACACGGGACGGUGCGCAGCAGGUCAGACGCUCGCGGACUCCAGCGACCAGGCUGGCCCAUCCUCCUCGUCGGCACCCGGGAUGGCCUCCGCGGCAGCACCCGCGGCCCCGGCCGCCCAGCCCCAGCCCCAGCCUCCGCGUUACAGCUGGAUGCCCUACGUCCGGGAGCUGACCCUGGUACUCAGUCCCGACCCGCCGGCGCCCGAGCCGCCGCAGCACCAGCCCGCUGCCGCCCCGGCCCACGCCGCGGCCGACCACGGCCCCCACGGCCCCCAUCCGCAGCCAGGUCCUGAACCGGCUCACAUGCAGCAGGAAGAGGGGGUGGGCGGCGCGGCGGGGAACGGCGGCGCGGCCGGUUUGCCGGGUGCGGGCGUGGCGGUGGCCGCGGCGCCCGCCCUGCUGUUGGAACUGGACCUGGGCGCGCCCGCCCCACAUCAGCACCACCACCACCACCCCAACUGGCAGCAGGUACAGGCGCAGGCGGUGGCGCAGGCGCAGGCUGCAGGGCUGGGCGGCGGCGGCCAGCAGCAGCAGCACCAGCAGGAGCACCAGUAUCAGCACCAGCAGCAUCAGGGCGCAGCAGCCGCAGCCGGCGGCCCGGAGCCGAUGGCGGUCGACGACGGCGACGGCGCACCCGCACCGCCGCAGCCACCCCAGCCCCAGCACCAGCACCAGCAGCACUAUGACCUGCCGCAGCUGCCGCUGCCGCCGCAGCAUCCCCUGCAACCUCACAACCACCAACUGCCUCACCACGAGGUGGUGGCGGCGUGGGCGCAGCACCUGGCGGACGACCUGCAGGCGCUGCUGGCGGCGGCGGCGGCGGGCGAGGGGGCGGCGGGCGAGGGGGCGGCAGAUGGGGGCGGAGGCGAUGCUGCAGGCGGCGGUGGCGGCGUGGCGGGCCGUGUGGAGGGGCUGGUGGGCCAGGUGGAGGCAGUGCUGGCACACGGCGCGGCGGGGCCGCCGCACGCGGCGGAUGAGGGGGGGCUGGGGGUAGAGGCGGAGGCGGAGGCGGGGCAAGGCCAUGCGGGGGCAGCGGAUGUUGAGAUGGCGGGCGGGGUGGAGGUGGAGCCGGCGGAGGCAGCAGCGCCGACGGCGGCGGCGGCAGGGCCGUUCCGGGCGCAUGCGGAGGCGGUGGUGGCGGCGGUGCUUGCGGCAGCGGGCUUGCCGCCGCACUUGCACCAGCACCUAGGGUCCAACCAGCCGCCGCAGCAGCAGCAGCCGCAGCAGCUGCAGCAACCGCAGCAGCAGCAACCGCAACCGCAACCGCACGCCCUGGCGCCGGCGGGUGCGCGCGUCUCCCCGGCGCCCCAGGCCCCGGAGUCGCAGCCCUCACACCAGCCCCACCACCCCGACGCCAGCGGUGCCGGCCCGCUGCAGCCGCCGCCGCAGGAGCCAUUGCCGCCGCCGCAGGAGCUAUUGCCGCCGCCGCUGUCUGAGGAGGCGGCGGAGGAGUUGCUGUCGCAGCAGCUGGGUGCACUGGCGGCCGGCCUGCUGCCGUCGCUGCCGCACCUGCACACGCUGUCGCUGGAGGCUGUCCCGCGGCGCUGCAUGGCGGCGGCGGGCGCCGCCGCCGCCGCCGCCGAGGGCAUCAGCGAGCUGCGCAUCGAGCGAGUCACGUCGCCGCCACCGGUGCCACCAGAGCAGCCGGCGCCGCCGGCGGAAGACGGCAUGAACGGCGUCGCUGCGGCCGCUGGCGGCGCAGGCGGUGCCGACGGCGCAGGCGGUUUGGGCGGCCUGGGCGCCCUGGCGGGCCUGGGCAAUGGCGCGGGGGCGCUGGGCGGGCUGGCACUGCUGCAGGAGCUGCAGGCGCUGUUCGCGGGCCUGCCGGCGGUGAUGCCGGCGGUCCUGCCGGCGGUGGUACCGGCGGGGCUGCACGGGGCCGGAGGCGGAGGUGGAGGUGGAGGCGGCGGAGGAGGAGGCGGGGCCGGAGGUGGAGGCGGGGUUGGGGCCGGAGGAGAUGGGGAUGGGGCCGGAGGAGGAGGAGGAGGAGGAGGAGGAGGAGGAGGAGGAGGAGGAGGAGGAGGAGGAGGAGGAGGAGGAGGAGAAGGCGGGGGCGAGGCGAUUGAGGGCGUGGAGGCUGCAGGUGGUGAGCAUGUCGAGCUGGAGAUGUUGGAGGAUGACCCCUUCCAACAACUACCCCAACAGCCACAACAGGCGGCGCCGCCGCAACAGCCGGAGCAGGCCGCGGUAGGGCCGCACGCCCCUGGAGACGUGCACAUGGCGGACGCUGCAGCAGGGCCGGAGGCGCCGGGCGCACAGCAGCCGAACCAGGAGCAGCAGCAGCCGCAGCCGCAACAGCAGGAGCCGCUACAGCAGGAGCCGCAGGAGCAGGACUUGGCGGAGGAAGACGCCGACGCGGCGGCGGCGGCGGCCGGCGGCGCGGAGGACGACGCGGCGGUGGCGGCGGCGGCGGAGGCGGCGGCGGCGGCGCAGGUGCUGGAGGCGGUGGCGGCGCAUGUGGCCAUGCACAUGCAGGGUGUGGUGGCGGAGUACCAGGACCACGUGGCGGCGCUGGGGCACCUGCACGGUGGCGGCGGCGCUGCGGGCGGCGCUGUGGGCGGCGGUGUGGCCGGCGGUGCGGGUGGGGCUGGGGCUGGGGCUGGGGCUGGUGGUGCCGGGGCUGGGGCUGGGCCUGCGCUGCAUGACCACGUGGUGGCAGCCAUGGCCGCCGCCGGCCUGCAGCAGCAGCAGCAGCAGCAGCAGAUGGACGCACACCAUGAAGCACACCACGAGGCACACAUGGCGGCGGCUGCGGCGGCGGCCGGCGGCAACGUCAACGGUGAUGGAGCUGGUGGCGGCGCAGCGGGCGGUGGCGGGGUCGACGUGGCUGCAGCAGCACCACCGCCACCAGCAGCAGCAGCAGCAGGCGCUGGCGGCGGCGGCGGUCAUGGUGGCGGCGGUGGUGGAGAUGUGGAUCUGUUGGCCAGCGGUGGCAGCUUCACGGAGGAUGGCGACAGCGGCGGCGGCGAAGACGAGGACGAGGCGGAGGCGGCGGCGGCGGCCGAGGCGGCGGCGCGGGAGGCGGCGGCGGUGGCGGGCGACGCCGCCUUCUGGGCGCGUGUGGCGGGCCUGCGCGGGCUGCGGUCGCUGGUGCUGCGGGGCGGCGAGAUGCGGGCGGCGGACAUGGCGGGGCUGGUGGCGCUGAGCGGGCUGGAGCGGCUGGCGGUGAACCACGUGAUCAACACGCACCCGGGGCUGGCGUGUCUGUCUCGCCUCACCGCCCUCACCAGCCUGGUCAUUGAGGACCUGCAGUACGUGGGCGGCGCCAUCCACGACGAGUUCUGCGGCCUGUCGGCACUGACUCGGCUGCGGUCGCUGUCGUUCCUGGUGGUGGGGCCGCUGCCGGCCGAGGUGAUGGCCUGGGGCAGCCUCAGCCAGCUCACACAGCUCGAGAUCACCAACCACUACGACGACAACCUGCUGCCCUGCUUCGGCGCCAUGCUGCCGCGCCUGCCGCACCUGGCGGCGCUGCACCUCUCCAACUUCGACCUCACAAACGCACUGCUGCUGGCGCUGCGGCCCUGCACCGCGCUGACCCGCCUGCAGAUGGGCCGCUUCAACGUCACCGCCUCGCCGCCGCCGCCGGCCAUGACCUCCCUGCGCCUGCUGCACCUGGGCUUCGUGGAUGACCUGCAGCACACGGAGGUGGCGCUGGUGUCGGUGUUCCCGCGCCUGGACGAGCUGGCGCUGCAGACCCGCUACGUGCUCAGCCACGAGUCAGCCGCGCGCAUCCCCAGGGAGCUGCUGCUGCCGCCACCGCACCACCACGUGCAGCAGCAGCAGCAGCAGCAGCAGCAGCAGCAGGGGCAGCAGCCGGAGCUACAGCCGCAGCCGAUGGGCCCGCACCUCCCGCAGCAGCAGCAGCAGCAGGGAGGUGUGGGUGUGGGUGGUGGUGGAGGUGGUGGGGCGGCGGAGGGCCGGCCCUCGCCGCGGGCCCACGGCCGGGCGCUGCCGCUCACGCGGCUGCACCUGUACGACGCGCUGAUGAGCCCGCUGCUGCCGGGCGCGCUGCCGGGUCUGACGGCGCUGCGGCUGGACUGGAACCAGACCGACACGGCGGAGCUUGUGGGGCUGCUGGGCGGCUGGGGCGCGGGGCUGACGCAGCUGGCCUGGGCCAACUGCGACGCCAUGCAGGACUGGGGCCUGGCCAUGCUGGUGGGCGCCCUGCCCAGGCUGACUGAGCUGGAGCUGACCCGCUGUGUGAGCAUCACGGACGGCGGACUGGCCGCCCUCACCGCCCUCACCGCCCUCACCUCGCUCACAGUCGCCGCCGCGGAGCAGCUGACGCACGCCGGCUUCCUGCCUGUGGCUGCUGGUCUGCGGCCGCUGCGGCGCCUGGUGCUGCGCGGCAUGCCGGCCCUCACGCCGCGGCAGGCGCAGCAGCUGGAGGAGGCGGCGCCGCGGCGGGGGGCGCUGCAGGUGGAGCUGCUGCCGCCGGGAGGGCCGGGAGGAGCAGGAGGCGGGCACCACUGAGAUAAUGGGGCGGGGGUUGCUGGGGAGUGCAUCAUGUGUGAAUUGUGUACAGUACAGUACAUUUGCGCUGGGCUCUUGGGUCGGUUCGCGAGGAAGUGGGGCGAUGCGGCGUGGAAACGUGGUGUGUGUCCUUUCACUGGUUUAUGUCCGCGCACCGUCCCGUUUUUGUGUCCGCUUUACUAGGCAUGGCAUGGAAGCUGGGCAUGGCAUUUGAUGUUGUGGAAACAUGCAGGCUCACGGUUCAAAUGGCUUUUCGGCGGCAUCAGUUGGCGCGGAAAUUGUACGGCUAACCGAGGCAACGACACUUCGGACGACUUCAUGGUUUUGUAUGUUGAAUUCGGCAUUCCCAUGUGGCAUUGUAACAUAAAGUUGAU